GCCCACGCCACCUUUACGUGAUCGCCUCCUGGCCGUGCUCCCUCCCACUGGCCGCUGCCCUGCUCAUGCUGCUCAUGCUGCUGCUUCUCUUCCUCGUCGCCUCUGCCCCCCCCGGCUUCUUUCACUUUCAUAGCUCGAGCGCGCACAGCGAGGACGUUGGCCUACGACGGUAACUCCUGCAGGUGUCGGCUGAAAGAGAGCCAACAGCUCGUCUGUUCGGAAGCAGACCGGUACAUCAAUGGAAUGUGAAUCACUAAUUCUAAAGGGUUCCAUGGACAUUGAGGACGAGGAUAAGCUGCUUUGGGACCAGCUGGAGCGUUUCCGCGAGGUCAUCGUGAACAGCAUCAAGGCCUCAAGGGUGACGCAUCACCUGCGAUCGUAUGGGGUCAUCUCCGUCCAGGAUGAGGAGGAGGUGACGUGUGGUGACUUGACCCUCAAGAACGAGGCCAUGCGCAUGAGCCGUUUGUUGGACAUCUUGCAGACCAAGGGCAAGAAGGCCUACGAAGUGUUCAUGACACUGCUGGAGACGCAAUACCAAAAUGUCUACACCAAGAUCAGUGGAAACCCUCCUAAGGCUGGCCAAGAGUUUCCAGAUCCGUUGCCGCUGUUGGAGCAGCAUCACAUGGCCGAGCCGUUCCCCCGCUGCCUCAUCGCGCAGCUCGUGCGGCUCGAGUCCCAGCUGUCGUCGAAACAGCGCGAGCUGGGCCACCUGCGGGGCAAGAUCGCCGCCCUCGAGGAUCGACUCAAAAUCCUGGAGGCCAAGGGCGUGGAGCUCGUGCAGGUGCAGGACCGCCUGCAGCGUGUGCAGGAGGAGAGGGACAACUACAGUGACGAGCUGGCGCGAGUUAAAGAUGAGAACUACACGCUGGCGAUGAGGAUGAUGACGAUGAGCAACGAGCGCACCGCGGCGCACAUGAGGUGCCGUGAGCUGCAGCUGGAGGUGGACGAGCUGAAGCACGUGUGCAACGAGGCCAAGCGCGAGUGCGAGGUCGUGCGGCGCAACUCUCGCCGCGUGCUCAAGGACAUGGAGCGCAGGCCACACGCGGAGGUGCUGCUCCAGCUGCAGCAGGAAAAUGCCCUGCUCCGCAACCGCGUGGGCAAGGAAAAGGGAAACAAUUCUAACGUCUCCUGCGAACACCUCCAGGAACGAGAGGAAUUGCUAAAUCAGAUUUUCUCCCUCCGCCAAGAGUUAGCACGGGCAGAGGAGCUCAGAGAUAAGUACCUGGAAGACAAAGGGUGCCUGGAGCUGAAAUGCGACACCACGGAGAAAGAUUGCCAGAUGCACAAGCACCGCAUCGCGAGCAUCCUGGCCGAGCUGCAGGACGUGGAGAAGGAGCGAGAGAAGGCACUGGAGUCGCGGGACCACGCUCAAGGGGAGCACGCGCGCUGCCUCGCCAUCAAGGACCGGCAGCGCAAGCAGCUGCGCGAGCUGCAGGAGCAGCUGGACGCUCUGCGCGUGGAGUUCACGCAGAGCCAGGCGCAGAUCAACAGCCUCAACGCCUGCGCCAAGAAGCUGCAGGCAAAACAUUCGGCGAGCGGGACGGCGAACCUCUUGAUGCCGGCGAGCGGCCGGGGCAUGACCAGCACGGGGUCGGAGCCGAACCUGAGUCAUCCCCACGUGAUCAACAAGAGUACAUCUUUGCAAGACAACAUCUCGAAUUUAUCACUCGAUUUCCACGAUGAAGUUGGUCUAUGCAACUCACUCCCAGCCUCGACCCUGAAAGCAGCGUUCAUGGAAGCCCACCAAUAUGCUUCGAGGGAAGAUGUGACUAAUGGCAAGUAUAAAGAAGGGUCGCCGACGGAAACCGCGCCGAACAAGGCGGAAAACGACAAAAGCCCAACGGUUGAUUGCCAGCAUCAACAAUUCCGACCUCCCAGGCUUCGUCACGGCAAUUUCGAUGCAUUCAACACUCCUGAAAACCCGCGCGUUUCAAAACAGCACGCAACAGAGGAGGAAGACCCGACCUCCACUGAUAGAGACACAAGGGAGUUGCUGAAAUUUCCCGACUGCAGGACGGACAGGCCAUUCCGAGUCAGCCCAUUGACGAGCGAUUUGCCCCAGAACCCAAUACGGCCCGUGGUGUAUCGCACGAUUCUUGCUAAGACCCUCAUCAACUGGGUGACUGUGAUCGGAGGAAACCAGACCGGGGUCUUUCUGCAAACCCCUCACAACGGCCAAGCACCGGGCCUCACUGGACUGGAGGAGAACUACCAAAUCCUGACGGUGGAGGGACAGAUGCGCGGGCCGAUGGAGAGACAGAGGUUUUUGCUGGAGAAUACAACGAAAGAAGAGGCCACGUGGAUCCUUCAGAAUCUCACGGCAGAGGUCACGCUCUCCCUGAAGCACAACCCAGAAGGGUUUGCCAAGGUGCUGAGCAACCCAGACAUUGGGGAUUCCUUCUACGUGCAGAUCCACUUCUCGCUGUCGCCAGAGACAGACAACUGUGCCCUGCCCGUGCUGUGUGGGGACUACCUGCACAUCACCAACUCCGUGCCGUCCCCCUCCGACCUCCCCCGCUGCACCAAGGCCAGCCACUCCCUGGACGGGGACUCAGACUUUCAUUGGAAGAACAACGAGUCGUGGCAUGCCUGGAAGAUUGAUCCAGAAACCCUGGAGCACAAGCAACGAGGCAUGGUACCCAACUAUCAAAAGGCGAAGAUGCUGCUUCUUGUGAAACAGAAGCGGCUGAUGGGAGGCUCCGGCGAUGGUGCUCAACAGUCAUGGAGCCAGAUUUUCCGUUCCAGGAGAGUCGAAAUUGUUCGUUUUGUACGAGCCAACAGACAAGGAGGCUGGCCGUCCGUGCGAGAGACAAACAGUGGGGGUUGGCUGCCCUACACGCUGGUGACGCCCCACCGAGUGACGGCACGCCGCCCCGUCGUCGUGCUGCCCAGCCUGGUGGCACGGCACCUGGGCCCGCUGCUCGCCAGGCAGUACCAGGACAUGGUCCACUGUCUUCCAGUGAACCUCUCACCCGAGGAGUUUGCCAGGCGCGAGAACAAGGGGGAGCUUUUGAAGUCGGGUGGCCCUGGGAGCGGACCUCACAGCUGCUGGCUCCUUCCUUCCUUGCGGGAGCAGAUGGACAAGGUUCACUGCGUGAUUCCAAUCGGUUUGGAUGCUGUGGAACUUCUUCACAAAGCUGACAUUUUCCCCAUCAUCAUUUUCAUCUUCUUUAAAACCAAUGGGCAGCUGGGCGGUGCAGUGGUGACCACUACUCGCACCUCACCGCAAGAAGGACCUGGGAAAGAGCUGUCGCUCAUGGAUCCUACGGACAACUCGUCGCCGCCAACCGUGGCAUUCAACGAGGACCGGAAGGCAUUGGCCGAGAGCGGAUACAACUACGUGGAGCUCAAGGGCAGAGGCUCGCUGCUCAAGGCGCUCACCAGCGAGCAGGACAGCGGCGCGCCGGCGGCUAAGGAUGGCACGGUGGUGGGGGUUAUCCUGCAGGAGGCGAGGGAGGCGGUCGUCGCGGAGCAGAAGAGGCGCGUUUGGGUCCCACGCAAGCACAUGUGAGGGGGGCAGCUAGGGGAGGGGGGAAGCGCCGCCAUGACGGCGUCGACGGUGGGCAACGACAGUCCGGGACGGAAGCCAGGAGGGUGCACGGCGCACACCCUCGAAGGAGAAAAGCCAUGUGCAGUGCACGUUCCACAUGCGUCGCAUCAAUUGCGAGGGAAGUUUUUCGCGGGUGACCGCAUAUUAUUUUUUGUAUUAGUAGUUGAUAAAAAAAGAAUGUGCGGCAAUAAUCUCGUCUUGCCGGUGCGCUGUGCGGGAUGGGGCACCGCGUGUGGGGCGUUGAGGAGGGAUGGGCGAGUGCUGGUCUCACUCGAGAACGGGGAUGGCUCCAGCAGCUGGCUACAGAGCCAACGCCUUGCGUGGCUCGCGGGGCGUCCUUUGAGAGUCUCUCGGUUGUUGUUGUUUAUUGUUGAAAAUGUUUCCACGUUUAACUCCUUGCAUAUAUGCACGCGCGCGCAUGCGUGUGUGUAUAGGGUGUAAAUGGGGAGCGGUAGUGUAGCGGUUAGCGUGCUGCGCUACGAACCUGGUAACCCGGGUUCUAUUCCCGCUCACGGCCAAGACCAGUGACGAUUAUCUGAACCGGUCCUGGGCCUCCCCUAGGUCGACUCAGCCUCAAAUGAGUACCUGGUGCAGUGUAUAAACAUCGCCACUGGGGAGACAAAGGCGGCCGGGCGUGUUGUUGACCACCCCCCCCCCCCCUUCGUGUGUCGUGCUGGCCUUCAUAAGUGCUUGCUAACAGCACUUGCUCCAACAGUCUGUUAAGGCUCUACGAGGGAUCUUUGUCUUUAUCUUUGUAGGGUGUAAUGCCAUGUUGGUCACAUCUCGCAAAGGUUGCUCAUGUUUAUAUUUGUUAGAGAGGUCUCCAUAAAAAAAUUGCUGAAAUUGACAGAUUAUUGAAAGACUAAUGUUUACCGUCGUGUUCACCCGUUCACAUACACAUAGGCAGCUUUCAUCCUACCGGCUGUAAACGUUGCAAUGCAUUUAAAUAUAUAACGUUUGCUGACUUGUUAUAUUCCAUUAAGACGUUUGUUUUACUUGUUGGCAUUUUAGCAGCUUCCUGUAUUUUAAGGGCUAAUUGCGCGUGCUGAUCUGCAUGCUGAUGUGCAUGCUGACCUGCGUGCUGACCUGCAUGCUGAUCUGCGUGUCCACUUGCUUCCCGUCCACUCUUGCGCCGCGGUGUCUCUCUCGCGCUGCUGCUCGCAUCGUGUUGGUGAUGUUGUCUACAUGUUCAACUGAUAUUGCCUUUUUUUAAAUUCAGGAAGAUGGAACCCAAAAUACAAAUGGCUCAAGGUGUAUCAACCCCCAUCGGUGUACUAACCCAUGUUGGAGUGACAUCGCCAUGAUAUCACUGGAGUGCCGUAUUGACGCACCUUUCCAUAAUGCUCGCUUGCCCAGAAUGUCUCCUUUUUCCUCCCGAAUUAACCUUUAAAUUCGCGUCAGACAGCCCGAAACCCGGCCAAGGUUUUCAGGACGAAUAUUCGAUAUAGAUACCUCCAGUGCGACGCUCAUGUGUUCCUUACGUCACGUCCUGCUUUGACAGCAACGGAGAAAGAAGAACGAGAAGGCUGAUGCCGCGAUUCAAGCCACUUUGGAGAGCGAGGACUGUGGUAGCAAUGGAAGCAUUCAGCCUCAUCGACGAUGGCGUUUGAAAUGCAACUGGCAAAGCAUUGCAGCUUUGUAUGGAGUACAGCAUCCGUACAAUGGGGCAGUGCUCGGUUAUGCAAUGAACAGACCGCACUUCGCCAGAAAUUCACGACAGGGCGGUUCAAUUGACGAAUGUUGCUCAAGUGGACCAACCUGCACAACCUUUGGGUUUUCUACAUUGUCAAUAUUUCACGCUUUGGGGCGUGUAAAGUUGUCUCGAGAUACAUAGGAUAUAUGAUUAAGGGCCGUGACCUUAUCUUCAUAUUGAAAGUGUCACGUUGGUCUUGGCAUCUGUGUCCACCAGGCUAAUGAAGUCAAAACGUCAUGCCCUUUUGAGUCCCUAUAGAGUGCCGUGACCUGCCAUUAUCGCGAUGUUCGAUAAAUUAGUUUCUUUGCUGGCGUUAGUGAAGAAAGAAACUAGGAGAGACGGUGCACGACAUCUAUUUGAAAGUCGGUGGAAAGCUACCAAGACGCCGCAUACAUGCUAGAGAUGCGUGCGCGUGGAUUGAUUUCAGUGGUUGGGGACUUGUGCAGUGUGCAGAACUUCUUCCGCACCAUACGCAGCCAACCGCGCCAAUCAGCGGCGUCUGCGCCACGCAGUCUCUCGGCACGCUCACCAGAAUUCGCCCAGGAGGGCUGGCGGUGGCUAUCCUGCUGCAGGUUAUUUAUUAGGAGUUUUCACCGACACUGGUUGCCUUCCAUGGAUAAAGACCCCCCCCCCCCCCGAUUCUGUCUUCUCACUGCAAGUGAACAUUAAUGUUGUUUUAUCAUGUUCCUGAGUAGCUAUAGUACCGGAUAGGGGCUCCAACACCAGUCAGGGAAUUAAGUUAAACUUUAGUUUCCUAAUUCUCGUGGAAUCCUUCCUUGUUUACAAAUCUUGGUAAACUUGUCUUUUUUUACUGGCAAUUAAUUAAGCCCGUUUGGCGGCGUGGACUCCUCUGCGUCGGUGUCCAUGCUGAAGUACGAUGACGGUGGUGAUACAGGUGACUUGUGUGGCGUCCAGUACGUGCCAUGACCAGAGCUCCCAGCCAGAGGAAAGCCCAUUAUUACCGCAAUAAUCACCAACGUUCAACUUGGAGAAACUGCACCUGACUUAACACCCACAGGUGCCUUUGAGCGAGACCAACUAUUGGGUCAUUACACGAAGAAGAAUACGUCAGAAAAUCAAGUGUAAGAUUGUUGUAUUCACAGCAAUCGUGCCCGUUAUAUAUAUGCAAACCCCCAACGCGUAUUAUUCGAAUCGUACCGGAGAUUUAUAAAUGCACCCCGUUACACGAGUGUCCGUCCGCGCGGGAUUCGAAUGCGUUUCCCAUGAUUCGGUCGACACGCCUUGCCACGUUCCCUCUGCUGUUUGCGGCUCGCUCACUGCAACACAGAGCAUUCUCUCACCCCCCCCCCCCCCGUCCAUCUUCACGGAGCUUGGAUUCUGGAUUCACUUUCAAUCUGUCUUUCCUCUCGUGUUAACCGACUCGACUGCAAACGAUCUGGGUACUGUUACUUGCUCUGGCUCCCGUGUUACCAACUGUGAAGAACUAAUAAAACCGGCCAUAAAAAUC